UUUCCUUUCUUCUCGGUAGCUGCUGCUGAGUCAGUUACCCUAGAAAGGCUGCUUCUUCAUCUCUCUCUCGUCCCCCUUUCUCUCUCAAAAGGCUCUGAGCAAUCAGCUGCUCCAGCAAGGCUUCUAGAAUCUAACGUCUCCGCCGAGUCAAAAUCAAUUGAAUCGGAACUUCAACUUGGGAAUUUUGUUUUCUUCCGAAUUCUAUCUGUAGCUCUGCUACUAUCAUUUUGGGAGAGCGUGAAACAUCUUUGAGAGCUCAAAUGCCUAAGGAUAGGAGGGGCCGUUCUGUGACUCCUGAUAGGUAUAGAGCAUCUCCUUAUCCAUGCAGCUCCAGUCAUACAAGGUGGUCGUCACCCAGAAUUCCUUCAGAAACUGAGGACAAUGUGAAAGAAUGGGAAGAAGCCAGAUGCCCUGUUUGCCUGGAGCAUCCACACAAUGCAGUUCUCCUAAUAUGUUCAUCGUAUGAACAAGGGUGCCGCCCUUACAUGUGUGACACGAGCUACCGCCAUUCCAAUUGUCUAGACCAGUACUGCAAGUCAUUUUCGGCAGAAACCUCCCCAACUAUCCCACCAGAAGGAGCAACUCAGAUAUCAGAUACUCAGUCGUCUCCAUCUGCAACUCUUGAAUCAACAAUUACUCAUGUGCAAAACGAUCGUACAAUUGAGGAGGUGCUCUCCUCCAUGAAUGCCGUAUCUUGUGAGCAUCAGGCUGAUCCGAAGCUCGUGUGCCCACUCUGCCGUGGGGAGAUAACAGAUUGGAUUAUUGUUGAGUCUGCUCGUUGUUUCAUGAACUCGAAAUCAAGAAAUUGUUCUUGUGAGACAUGUAAUUAUAGCGGAACCUAUGCAGAUCUCAGGACGCAUGCGAGGCUGGAGCAUCCACUAGUGUGCCCAUCAGAGGCAGAUCCAGAGCGACAGCGUACCUGGAGGAGUUUGGAGCGACAGAGGGAUAUUGGCGACUUGUUCAGCUCAAUCCAAUCUUCAGUUGGAGAGGAUAGGGGUGAUGAUAGCAGUAGUUUGCCGGCUGAUGACGGUGCGGGCUGGCUAACCAUAUUCUUUCUAGUUAGAGUAGUUCGACCCGGGUCCAGUUCAAGGAGCAGCAGCUGGUCUGGUACCACAAGAACCAGAGCACAAGUUAGUAUGAGAAGGAGAGCAACCAGGCUUUGGGGGGAGAGCUACGAGGGCGAAGCAGCAUCUUCUACUCUAGAAGAGGAUAACGAGUCUUCAGACUGGCGACUCGGGUGUUAGGAGGAGACGCAGUGCACGCCUCCGGCGAUGGACAACACCGGACAACAACCAACCGUGAUUGCAUACGUUUGCGCUACCGGUGAAUUUGUUUCUUUUUUUGUCAUCCUCCUUUUUCCGAAAGGGUUUGAAAAGUAAGUUUGCUCCAAUUCUGCAGUUUUCAGUAGCUUACUGAUUGUUGUCGAAAACUCUCUGAUAAAAGAAAAUGUAUGUGAUUUAGUGCUUCAGUUCGAAUAGAAAAACGAAUGAAUGCCCGGAAAAACUUCUUCACAUUCUGUUAACGAACCAAGCUGAUAAAUAUGAUGCCGAGAGGUAAUGAAGAAAUGUAUUUAUAUGUUCA